AAAUUAAAAAAUCGGUGAUAUUAGAUAAGUCUCAAGAAAAAAGUAAAGAUAACGUUCUUGAACGUUUUGGAAUGAAGAAGGAGGAAGUUAAGAAGAUAAAUGAUUUCGGGGCUUACGAUGGGAUUGUUAACGACGAGAAUGACAACGGUGACUCUAGGAUAUCGUCAGAAAUCUACCCAAUAUAUAAUCUAAUGCAGAACAUUCAACCAAGUCGCAAAAGAGAUCGAGCCAAUGAAAAAACUAAGAGUGAAUCGAAUAGAAUAACCGAAAACUGGAAAACUCAAAAUGACGACAAAGAAGAAAAAGAAGAUGAAGAACAAAAACAGAAACCCUUACUACAAACCAAAUUCAUAAAGGAUCCGGAACACAGAAUGUAUUAUUACGUAGAGCGUAAAUAA